AGUGGAGGAAUCGUAUAUAAUUCUACUGAUUUUAAUCUCUAGUUAACUCUUAAGAUUUUUCUUAGUGGCCUUGUAUAGCCUACGCUUCUGAAACUUAAUUUUGGUGGAUUUUGUAGCAUUGUAUCAAUCUAGAAGAGGAUGCAGCUGAAUGUGAAGAAUUGGAGAAGAAGAAUGUGAAAAAGUGGAGAAGCAAGCAGCUACAUAGUCAGAUCCACAGGCGAGCAAAAAACUUCCCUAGAAGAUGAAUCCAGAACUUCUGAAAAUGAAGGAGGUUGCCCUUAUUUACCUUGAUAGGAGUGGUGGCCUUCAGAAAUUGGUGGAUGAUUGCAAACACUAUAAUGACUCAAAGCAAAGUUAUGCUGUUUAUCGAUUCAUAAUUUCAGUAAACCCUUCUGACAUUACUGAAUUGGAUGCAGCUCUUGGAAAUCAAAUUUUGCAUGAACCCCUAAAAGCUGCACAGAUUUUUCAGUCAGUGUGUUUCAUAGCUGUUAAAACCCUGUCAUUAAUUGAACAAUUACAGACAGAGGCCCAGAUUAGCAUAGUGCUGAAACCAACACACUUACCUUCUCUGCCAAGUUAUGUCCUCAGUCUUCAUGAGUUUCCAUUCAAUUACGUGUCUCAGAGAUUUUACAUGUUGGAGGGAAUAGUGAUUGCAAUGGGAAUGGUAACAAAAUAUACUCAAGGAGCAAGAUUCCUUUGCUCGGAAGACAGCUGUCCGUUUUCUGAAGGAUUUAAAUAUAUAAGAGUACAUCUACCUGGAGCUACAGAGUCUGCCACAGUGAGGAAUGAUUUUGUGUGCAGCUUGUGCACCUCACCACUGCAUGAGGACAUGAAAUUUAGAGUACUUGGUGAUAAACAGUUGGUUGAAAUGAUUGAUGCAAAGGCUCUUAGAGCUUUUCAAGCAUACUUCAACAAUAAGCCACAUUUCAGGAUUCAGUCUUUUACAGUUUUUCUAAGAGAUGAAUUGUCCAACAAAGUAAAAAUAGGAAACAGAUACAGGUUUAUAGGAAUUCCAGCUUGCGUACAAAAUGGCCCACAAACUACAGUAUGUAUAGAGGUCAGCAGUAUACAGCUCUAUACUCCCAAAGAUCCUUCUCAUAUCAGUGACAAUUUUAAGUACCUGCUUUCACUGACUUCAAAUUCAUGCUGGAGGUUUUCAGCCAUACUUGCCAAUAUAUUUGCUUCUCAAGUUGUUCCACCAGGCACUUACAAUACUCUCAAGCUGUCUAUGUUGCUGAGUCUAGUACAGACAUGUGAUGAAGAUACUGAGACAGCAGGUUAUCUGGAUCUUUUGAUUGCAACAAGUGACACUCUAAUAGUAGACAGGCUUUUGAAUUAUAGCAUUUGCCUUGUGCCUCGGGGCAUACGACACCCACCAUCUAGCAACAUUUUUCCUACUGUGUGUAAAGAUAAGCAUGGAACUGGAACUGCUAGUAUUCAGGCUUGCAGUGCUUUGGUGGCUAAAGGCGGUGUAUGCUUCAUCGGAGAACUGUCUUCAUACAAGAAAGAUAAACUUGAACUUCUGCAGUCAGUGCUGGAGAGCAGAACAAGUACAAUAUUCAUUCCUGGAAAGAAAUAUGGAGAAGAUGCUGACCAACAAGUUACUCUUCCAAUUCAGACCAGCUUCUGGUCUUUUGUCGAUGUGGAUUCUUCCUCAAAAAAGCAUGUUCAAAAGGAUAACUCUCUUAUUGGCCAGAUGGACUUGAGUUUCAUUUCAGCUAACCUUAUAGAUGCUUUUGGACUUUUGAUACACUGCAGUGAAUUAAACUCUUGCCAACUAGCUCUUCCUCUUAUGCAUCACAUCUUGAAGAAAGCCAUUUAUCCAGAAGAAGCCCUUUAUACAGUUUCCCAGGAAUUCAGAACACAAGAUUAUGAAGAGUUAAUUGCGUUUGCUAAGAAUUUGCAAGUAGAACUUGGUCCAGAAGCAGAGAAACUGAUUCAUGGCUACUACCUAGCAAGUCGCAGAGUCAGGACAGAUUCUAUUCGUGGAUCGACGCUAUCAGCAUCUGCGCUGAAAAUCUUAGUUUCACUGUCUGAAGCACAUGCAAAGUUGAGCUUGAGGAGGAAAGUACUUGAAGAAGAUGUACUGAUAGCUGUCUUGUUGCUUGAAUCCUCUCUCACAUUAAAGCAUGGUGCCUCCAUAUUUUGUGUUGCUCCCAACGCUGUGUUUCCAUUUGACCUCACUGAUGAGAGCUCCCUGCAGCAAAGAGAUGUUUACCUCAGGCAGUGCUACCAACAGCUGUUACAGUUUAUUGCCACAUACGGGCCUGGCAUACAUGCUACCACCAAUGAAGAAUAGUGUGUUUAAUUGAAGCACCUGUUCUU